AUGGGAAAGGUACAAGAAGAUGCUCAGAGAUUGUCCCAUCAUUGUCAGACGGACGAGGUAUUGGGCCACACUUUUGUAGAUGGGUUAGAUGAUGCAUCAAAGAUGAAUCUUGAUUCAGCUUGUGGGGGUAAUUGCAUGGCCCGACCGUACAGUGAAAUCCAACUCUUGCUGAAUACCUUCACGGCUAAUGAUAAUAACUGGCAAGGUGAGGGUGACUCACGACGGGCAAUUAAGCAAAAAGCAGCUGGAUUACUUGAGCUCGACGACUUGUCAGCCAUGAGAGCCGAUAUUGCAAAGCUGGCCAAUCAGAUGAAUAGGAUGACAAUGCAGCAACCACAAACAAUGCAACCUGUGCACCAAAUGGCUAUUUGCUGCAAAUUAUAUGGUGACAAUCAUAUGAGUGACAUGUGCCCCACAAAUCCAGAAUCCAUCUAUUAUAAACAGAAUCAGCAUAGACCCCAGGGGGGUUUCAAUCAACCUCAAAGACCACCCCAACAAAUGGAAGAAAGCACCAAUGAUUUGUUAAAGAAGUUGUUGAUUGAUAAUCAGCAGCUUAGGACCGAUUUCAGAAACCUUGAGAGGCAGAUGGGGCAGUUAGCAACCAAUCAAAACACUAGACCUGCAGGCGCUCUCCCAAGUGAUACAGAGAAGAACCCUCAAGUGAAUGUUGUUACACUUAGAAACGGGAGGGAGCUAGAGGAAGUGCCAAAGAAGAGGAAAGAUAUGCCCAUACCUGAGGGGGAGUUGAUCCCUAAAGUAACACAAGAGCCAAAGAAUGCUGCUGAAAUUCCAGAGCCAGUUCAAUUGAAUAUUCCACUUGUUGAUGUGCUCCGUGAAAUUCCAAAAUAUGCCAAGUACAUAAAGGAUAUAGUGGCUCACAAGAGAAGAUUGACUGAAUAUGAGACAGUUGCACUUACUGAGGAGUGCACUUCGAGGGUCCAAAAUAAGCUUCCUCAAAAGCUUAAGGAUCCUGGCAGCUUCACCAUCCCUGUGCGAAUUGGUAAUAUUGAUCUGGCUGAUAGAUCUAUAGUACACCCCGAGGGGGUGAUUGAAGACGUACUACUACAAAUUGGAAAAUUUAUCUUCCCAGCUGACUUCAUUAUCCUGGAUUAUGAGGCUGACGAACUGGUCCCAAUCAUAUUGGGGCGACCACUCUUGGCUACUGGUGAUGCAAUUAUCAAAGUGAGAGAAGGAAAAAUGAUCUUGAGGUUAGAUGACGAGGAAGCAAUCUUUAAUGUGUACAAAGCAAUCCAACUCCCCCGCCACUAUGAGGAGGUCUCAAUGAUAUCUGUUUUUGAGGCUGAUGAGCAAAUUCUUGACACAAGUGUAUAUCUAGACGACUCUCUAGAGAAAGCACUUAUGUUGUUUGAUAGCUUGGGGAGUGAUGAUGAGGUUGAGGAGAUGAUGCAAAUCUUAGAUACAUCUUGUGCGUACAUGCAAGGGGUACACCCCUUUGAGCCUUUGAACAGGCCAGAAGGGCCGCCCCCAAAGUCGUCCAUUGAGGAAGCCCCAAAAUUGGAGCUUAAACCUCUCCCACCUCACCUUCAAUAUGCUUAUUUGGGUGAAUCUGACACUUACCUGUGA